AAUACUAAACUUUCCAUCCCAGCAUGACAGAAGAGUGGGUGGUGGCCGAGGACGGCUGUGGCAUGAAGAUGCUGAGACUGCCGGACGGGCGUUUUGCCGGGGUGGGAUACAAGUUUGAACUGGACACACUCAUCAAUCUGACGUCACUUCCUCUGCGAGAUGAUGACGUCCUUUUGUGCUCCUAUCCUAAAUCAGGCUGCCACUGGCUGUGGCAAAACAUUCGCUUCCUGUUGGACGACAGAGUCACCCUUGACGCCGUGGACAAAGAGACGGGCAUGGUGGAGAUCCACUCGAGGGAAUACUUCCAUGGUCUGCCCUCCCCGAGGAUCCUCAACAUCCACGAACGUCCGGAGCACAUGCCGGCAGAUUUGAUGAAGGGGAAGGCCAAGAUAGUGUUUGUAUACAGGAAUCCCAAGGAUGUCGCCGUGUCGUUCUUCCAUCAUUUCAAGGGCUUCAGUGCAUACUGCUUGGAGGGGAACUUCAGCAACUUCCUCAAACGAUUUGUACAAGGAUUAG